AUGUCUUGCUCCAGCCUGUGCUAUCCAGAAUGCGGGGUGGCCCGUCCCAGUCCAGUUUCUGGCAGCUGCAAUGAGCCGUGUGUUAGGCAGUGCCCUGACUCUGAAGUGGUCAUCAGACCAUCACCAGUGGUCGUGACCCUCCCAGGACCAAUUCUCAGCACUUUCCCACAGCAGAGUGGCGUGGGAGCCGUAGGAGCACCUGUUAUUGGAGCUGGCUACGGGGGCUCAUUCGGUUUGGGGGGACUGUACGGCUCUGGAGGCCAUUAUGGAGGAUUGUAUGGUUUAGGGGGAUUCGGUGGUUAUGGGAGCCAUUAUGGUUAUGGGGGAUUGGGUGGUUACGGGGGAGGUUAUGGGGGACUGUGUGGUUACGGGGGAGGUUACGGUUAUGGGGGAUUAGGUGGUUAUGGGGGAUUGGGUAGAUAUGGGGGAUUGUGUGGUUACGGGGGAGGUUAUGGGGGACUGUGUGGUUACGGGGGAGGUUACGGUUAUGGGGGAUUAGGUGGUUAUGGGGGAUUAUGCGGUUACGGGGGAUAUGGCCGUAGGUAUCGCGGUGGAUACUGUGGGCCAUGUUAA